AUGCUAUCCAGAACAUUGUUUAGAAGUGUAACCCCAUCGAUCAUUUCCAGAAAUGCGUUGAGAACAAGUGUGCGUAGUAGCCCAGUUGUCAGUGCGAGACUGACAUCGUUUGCACAAAUCAGAAAGUACUCCUCAGAGCAUGAAGAUGAGACCUUCGAAGAAUUUACCGCGAGAUACGAGAAGGAAUUUGAUGAGGCAUACGAUCUUUUUGAAGUUCAAAGAGUCUUGAACAACUGUUUCUCAUACGAUUUGGUUCCAGCUCCGGUCGUUGUUGAAAAGGCUCUCAGAGCAGCAAGAAGAGUGAACGAUUUGCCAACUGCCAUCAGAGUGUUCGAAGCAUUGAAAUACAAGGUGGAAAACGAUGGGCAAUAUAACGCAUACUUGGACGAAUUGAAAGAUGUCAGAGAGGAGUUGGGUAUCCCAUUGAAGGAAGAAUUGUUCGAUGCACCAGCUGCUCACUGA